GGGGCCUGGGCGCAACGUGCUCCUCAGUCUCCUUUUUUACGCUCUCCAGCAUCUCUCGUCGUCAUUUCUUCGAAUUUCCCCCUUUCCAUGUCGACGGAGAAGGAAAGAGAGAGUCAUGUCUACAUGGCAAAGCUCGCCGAGCAAGCCGAGCGAUACGAUGAAAUGGUGGAAAGCAUGAAGAAAGUUGCAAAACUUGAUUUAGAGCUGACUGUGGAGGAGAGGAAUCUCCUCUCAGUGGGUUAUAAAAAUGUUAUAGGUUCUCGUCGAGCAUCUUGGCGUAUCAUGUCCUCUAUUGAGCAGAAAGAAGAGUCUAAGGGGAAUGAGCAAAAUGUUAAAUUAAUCAAGGGUUACCGCCAUAAGGUAGAAGAAGAGGUUUCUAAGAUCUGCCAUGAUAUCUUGACUAUCAUAGACGAGCAUCUGAUCCCUUCUUCCAGCUCAGGAGAAUCGACUGUUUUCUACCACAAGAUGAAAGGUGACUACUACCGUUAUCUUGCGGAGUUUAAGACUCACCAGGAAAAGAAAGAAGCUGCUGAUCAGUCAUUAAAGGGCUAUGAGGCUGCUUCCAACACCGCUAACACAGAUCUUCCUCCAACCCAUCCGAUCCGCCUUGGUCUGGCGCUCAAUUUUUCAGUUUUCUAUUAUGAAAUAAUGAACUCCCCUGAGAGGGCCUGUCAUUUGGCGAAACAAGCAUUUGAUGAGGCGAUUGCAGAGCUUGAUACGCUGAAUGAAGAGUCCUACAAAGAUAGCACUUUGAUCAUGCAGUUGCUGAGGGAUAACCUCACUCUUUGGACUUCCGAUUUACCAGAAGAUGGAGUUGAAGAUGGGUUCAAGGGUGAGGACACUAAAGCUGCUGAACCAGAGCACUGAUGGCAGCAUGUGAGAUCCCUUCAUGUGGUAGAUGCUUGAAAUCUGCCAUGGUUUUCUUCUUGGGUUGGAUGGAAUGAAUCAAGACUCUCUACGAGCCCCAUAAUUUUGGAUCCAUUAUGCCAAUAGCUAGUUUUUGGCCUGUCUCAUUCUUGGUUCCUUCAUCCUUCCCCCGCAUUUCUUCUGCUAAGAUGACGAUGAAGAUGAUUGCAUCCUUGCAUGGCUUUGGAAUAGUCUUAGGGUGGAGGGUAAAAUUUAAAAAAAACUUUUUUUGUCAUUCGCCAAAAAAUUCUCUUCUCCAUGUCAUGGAUCUCUUUUUAUUAAAUCUGACCUUUUACCUGAGCUAUAACCUUCCA